AUGGAUCUCCGUCAUCAUUUAGAACGGAAAAGGGAAAGGAAGACUCCAGAAAUAGAAAAUGGCCCAGAGAUAGUCGCUGAGAACAAAGAUCAAUGGGAAGCACGGUUCGCGGAACUCAACGACAAGUUCUUAACCCUGGAAAGGAAGCAGCAGUUGUCGACAAUUCCUGUAAUAGUUCAGGCAAUGAUGGAAGAGACCAAACCUCCUUUCACCUCCACCAUCAUGGAUGAAGUAAGGCCGCAGAGGUUUCAAAUACCUCCCGUCAUCCAAUAUUCUGGGUCCGGUGACCCAUCCGAAUAUGUAGAAGCUUAUUGUUCGUGGAUGCAAAUCCAGACAACAACGGAUGCAAUGAUGUGUAGGGGAUUUUCUAUCACCCUUACAGGAUCCGCUCAGAAAUUGAGUCGACUAUUCCUUACCCAAUUCACAAGUGAUAAGAAAAGUCGGAAACCCAAUACUCACCUGCUCACCAUCAAGCAAGGGCCAAAAGAGUCGCUGAAGGACUACAUUGCUCGCGUCAACGAGGAAGCAUUGCAGGUAGAAUACUACAAUGACAAAAUGACGCUCAAUGCAGUGUUCAGUGGUCUGAAAGAGGGAAGGUUCACUUUCUCCAUUGGAAAGAACCCGCCAAAGACAUUGGCGGAAUUUGUUGCGAGAGCUCAGAAAUACAAUAAUGCCGAGGAGUUUACCAACGCCCGCAAAAGUGUGCAGGCUGACUCGAAACAUCGAGAUGAGCGAAAGUUCUACCACUUCAAUCAGGACCAUGGCCAUAACACGAAUGAUUAUGUGGAUCUCAAGGAUGAGAUCAAGUCCCUUAUCCACAAGGGACAUCUGUGUCAAUACGCUAAAAGAGAGAGAGCCGCUCGGAAGGAAGAACGGGAGCAAGAGCGACCAAAAAACCCCACGAAAGAGCCAGCUGAAAUCCGCACCAUUUUCGGAGGAUUGGCAGGUGGGGGAGAUUCGAACAGUGCCCCGAAGACCUACUCUCGGAAGUACGAUUCGGAACGUUACAUCCAUUUAAGCGAGCGGCCUAGCAAAGAACUCCGGAUCAAUCCAUGCAGUCUAACCUUUACGGAAGAUGAUGCGCGUGAGAUCCAGCAUCCGCACGACGAUGCCCUGGUGAUCACAAUGACCAUAGCAAAUCACAAGGUAUAUCGCAUCCUGGUUGACACCGGAAGUUUAGCCGAUGUGAUCUAUUCCGAAGCUUUCGAAGGAAUGAGGGUUCCACGAUCGCACCUCCGACCCAUGAAGACCCCCCUGCACGGCUUUGCCGGAGAGAGAGUGAUCUCCGAACAAGCCAUCUCCCUCCCAGUGACUGCGGGAGAAGGGCAACACCAAGUCACCAUUAUGGUAGACUUUCUUGUUGUCAAUGUGCCAUCGGUGCACAACAUCAUUCUGGGUAGACCCUCCCUCAAUGCAAUGAGGGCAGUUGUCUCUACUUAUCACCUGAAGAUGAAGUUCCAGCCGAGGGCGGAAUAG